GGACCAGUCUGCAGACUAUCUACGGCGAUGCACGCUCUUUCGAGAGACAAAGUCGGUUGCAAGAAGCUUAUGCUAUGCUGUGAGUAUCAGAUGAUCCUUUUAGUGCGCACUGUGGCCUUCAAAAAUGCUGGAAAUCGCAGCGGUGAAGCUGGUGGCACAGCCACUCGGAGACAGGGGAUAGGACAUAAGUACCCCGCGACCCCGCUGGUGGGGAAAUAGGGGAGUCUAUUACGGCGUGCCUCCCCCCACCAUCGCCACGCUCGAGUCAUGGAAGCUCAGCAGACAGGCCUUACCGAGAAGCAAAAGCGGACACGCCGGAGGCAGCGCGUGAGCUGCUCUGAAUGUGUCCAUCGCAGGCAGAAAUGCGAUAGACAGUCGCCGUGUUCGCUCUGCGUUUCCCGCGGUGUUCCCCAUCUCUGCCACUGGGAGCCCUUCAUCAAGUCUACAGCAACAACCCAGCGCCCUGCUCCCGCAGCGCCGUACGAGAGGGAACCCGAGAUCAAGUCGACGAUCGAGCAGCUCCGCAACCGUGUACUACUGCUUGAAGAGGCACUGCAGAAAGUUAACAAGAAUGAUCCUCCGAGUGCCAGCACUAGGACGCCGUCCGACACAUACGGAUCGCCGCCUGGGUCGACCGAGGGUUCUGAGCCGGGACCCGCGAAGCCGUAUGUGCGUCCCGCCUACGAGGACCGAUUGCUACAGAAAUCUGCGGAUAGUAACCAGCAUUCGAGUGAGGUGCACGAGGUGGCGAUCGCGCUGACACACAUGUCGAUGUCUUCUGGACAAGGGGAGUACAUGGGCAUGGGCUCUGUAGUCUGUGCGCUGUACAGGCUUGGCUCUAUGUUCCCUCGUGUCAAAGUCGCCGAGUCAGCGAAGGUCGCCACCGCGCGCAGCCCUGGUCCUGUCGACCUCACUUCGACCGCCGACCCAACUUUCAUGUUCAAUACCAAUUUGAACAGCGACAAUCGCCGGCUCACUUCGCGUCUACCCCCCAAGCCCACGUGCGAUGCUCUUCUGCACUCCUACUUCAGCCACUGCAACUGGCGCUUCGGCAUCCCGGAGAUCAACUUCAUGGAGAACUACGACGAGCUCUGGCGCAUGAUGGAUGCGACGGGUGGUGAGGCGGAUGUCAAUCCUCACUUCCUCUCCUUGCUCUUCGCCAUGCUCUCUAUGGCACCUGACGACGAGCGCGAUGAUACGCAGCGCAAUACCGAAUUCUUCCGCUUGUCCAUCAGCGCUCGUCGACUAGGGGAGGACAGCCUCCUUGCUCCCGCUUUCGGCGAAACACACUCCAACUCCAUCGCGCCGACAGCAGACGGGACGGUUCUCAGCUGUAUCGCUGCUCCGAUCCUAGCAGCGUACCUCGCGGACAGAGGUUUGGUCAGCGAGGGGUGGAAGAUCGUUGGCGCCUCUAUGAGGAACGCAUACGCGAUUGGCCUGAAUCGUGAUCCUGACUGGGACACCUGGAGAAUUAUGAAGGAAGACGAGAAGCGGUGGCGCAGGCGAGGAUGGUGGUCGUUGGUGCUUUGCGACAGGAUCUACUCUUACAUCCUGGGACGGCCGGCCAUGGUUCAAGACGAUCACUCCGACGUAAUGCCGCCUACCAUUGACCCGAAAUCCCCACCAUCCACCUUCGACGCCUACAUCAACGACUUCGGCAAACUUAGUCGCAUAAUGUCUUAUGCCGCCCGAAGCUGCCUCACAAUCCAAUCUCUGGAUUACUCGAAGGUCUUGGAGAUUGACAGACUCUUCGUGGAAUGGGAGCAAGGCCUUUCCGAGUCCUUCAUCUUCAAGGACAAGAAGCCCGUUCGAUACUCGCCGUCAAACGACCCGGACGUUUCUGCAGCCGCCAAUGAACAGACCGUCGCGCGGCAGCGCUUUACCCUGAUCACCUGGUACCGCUCGUGCCGCAUGGCUUUGCAUCGGCAGUACCUCACCUUCCCUGGCGCUGAGCAGUCGCGUCCACCCCCAUCCAACAGUAUCAUUGCCGACCUCUCCUCAUCCGCAUCUCGCCUCAUCAAGGACAUGUGUGUCCGCCUGUCCAAGGACCUCAUUCGCCUCGAGCUUUCCGCCCAGGGUAAUAUCGUACCCGGUUAUGGAGAUCGCCCCGAGCGUCUUCUUCCAGGGAAGAUCUCGGGCUUCCUCGACGCCUUCUUCCUCUUCGACGGCGCUGUCACGCUCAUGGGCUCGCUGUUCCAACUCCCACCCGACGACCCCAUGAUCCCCGAGUGCUAUCAGUACAUCGACCACGCCGGCUACGUUCUCGGGCAGCUCGCGAAGGCAAUCCCAGGCGACGCGCAGUGCGACCUCGCCCGCCGCGCCGUGGCUGUGCUCAUCGUGCUCAAGCGCGGCCAGGAGCGUCUGAAGGAGAGCCGUUCCUCGUCGCCCGUGCCGCGCGCGCCCUCGCCCGCGCAGCAGCACAACAGGUCGAAUAGCACUAGCUCUCCACCGCAGCCGCCCACCUUCGGCAUCCCCGAGUCCGCCGUCCGCGACGACAUGAACUUCCUGAACAUGGAUCCUUACGUGCAGCAGCUGCAGUCGCGCGCGUUCAACAAUCCCGCACAGCCUCAGAGUCGCAACGCCGGCGCGGAUUUGUCGCAGUUCUUCCCGGCGUCGAUCCCGCAGUACACGCCGGAGGACAUCUCUGCAGUCUUUAACGGGCAGAACAUGGACCUCGGGUACGGCGUGGAGAUGGAUGACGCGCGGUUGGACAACUCGCUGUUGCAGAUGAACGCGUUCGACAUCUUGCAGGGGAUGCGAUUCGACAUGCCGUCGACGCAGAUGCCGCACAUGGAUAUGUUUUCUUCGAUCUGAGGGGGUUUCAAUGUCGUCGUUUAUCGAUUUUCCUCUUCGUCUUUGCUUUCCCUUUUCCUUGUUAUGCUCAUGCUCCAUGUAUGUCGACGUUUAACAAGUGUACUACGUGUCUGUAACCGUGUCACUGAACUGUAACGAGAAUUGAUUGUGUCCCCGGAGCGUAGCAGAACCCAUCGCUCAGUCGUGUGGCGCAUUGCGAGUACCCAGAGCAGC